CUGUACACACACAGUGAAACACAGCAGCCACUUAAAAGCCAACGCCAUGGCUCUUUGACCAGCAAUUUCACCCCACAUCCAAACAUCACUAUGAACCCUCUCCGUUGACAAACACGCACUAUCCCACGCGUAAUGGCGAGCGCGCUGCAGUUGAAGCCCUCCAGUCUGGAGCACACACGGAAGCGCGUAAUAGAUCCACGACGGAGACAAGCUGCACUCUCAUUCCUCAGCAACAUCUCUCUGGACGGACGACCCGUGCAGGAUGACGGGGAGAAUCAGACCGAGGAUGAGGAUAGCCCUAGGACUAGACAGAGCCUGGUUUCUGCAGUGGGCCAGCAGGCAUUUGCCGCAGCAGCGAGCCAGGCUCUCGGCAGUGCCCGAGCUGCUGGUUUACUGGUAGGGAUCACGGGUCCCAGCGCGGCGGCCGCUGCUGCUGCUGUUGCUCCUCCUCCAGCUUGCGGAGCGGAUGCGGAGGAGGAUGUGUGCGGCUCUGAGGUGCUCCAGUCCGUGUUCAGCUCCCCCUUUUCAGCAGUGCCACCGGCUACGAGAGGGAGACUUCAGACGUACACUCAGGGAGUCCUGCCUGUGUCCUACACCAGGCAGUCCAGCCAGAACUACUGCGGUCUAGAUGGAGGGCAGAUAGCCAACUCUGCCCUGGAACUGCAGAGAUCCAGGCGAAGACUAAUAUCCCAGCGUUCCUCACUGGAGACUCUGGAGGAUAUUGAGGAGAACGCCCCUCUACGCAGAUGCCGAACUUUAUCUGGUUCACCCCGACCAAAGAGUUUCAAGAAGGUCCACUUCAUCAAAAACCUAAGACAACAUGAUAUGCGCAAUGGAAGGAUAGUCCUUAUCAGUGGCAGAAGAUCCUUCUAUAGUGUUUUUUCUGUCCUGCCCUAUCGAGAUUGUAGCCAAACAGGGGAUGUGAAGGCAGAAAGCGGACGUCAACGACACCCCUCGGGUGGCGUGAGUGCCAAGGAGAUGGUGAUCGGCCUGGAGGGUGUUGAACUGGGUGCUGAUGGCAAGACAGUGUCAUACACACAGUUCCUGUAUCCAACCAAUGUCCUGGGUCGUCGAAACACCAUCGACUCCACGUCAUCUUUCUCUCAGUCUCGCAAUGCAAGCCACCGCAGCCUCAGCCUGGCACGUGCCAACAGUAACCAGAGUAGCCUUGAUACCGGGAAUGAAGUGGGAGAUUUUAGGGAGUAUGACCCAAAUCUUUUGGAUGACCCGCAAUGGCCAUGUGGAAAGCACAAAAGAGUGCUUAUCUUUCCUUCAUACAUGACCACAGUCAUCGAGUAUGUCAAACCCUCUGAUCUCAAGAAAGGCAUGAAUGAGACUUUUAAGGAGAAGUUUCCUCAUAUUCGUCUAACACUGAGCAAGAUCAGAAGCCUGAAGAGAGAGAUCCGUAAACUAGCUCAAGAGGAGUGCGGCUAUGAGGAGUCCACGGUAGCCAUGGCCUUCGUUUACUUUGAGAAGCUGGUGCUCCAGGGUAAACUCAACAAACAGAACCGCAAACUCUGCGCGGGUGCCUGCGUCCUCCUCGCGGCCAAGAUCGGAGGAGACCUAAAGAAACAUGAAGUCAAGCAUCUGAUUGAUAAACUGGAGGAGAGGUUUAGGGUGAACCGUCGAGAGCUGAUCGCCUUUGAGUUCCCUGUUCUGGUGGCUCUAGAGUUCAACCUACAUCUCCCAGAGCAUGAAGUCAUGCCCCAUUAUAGACGCCUUCUGCAAAACUCCUAGCGACAGCCCCCAUCAGGGGAGACGUCCUUCUCUUCCUGAUCUUCUCACCCCAGAAACCCUCUAUGCACAUCGCCAACGUCCACUAUCAUCUCCAGAUAUUGGAAUGAAGACACUAUUUCACUGUUCUCCUUUCAGCCAAAGUGAUACCUCUAUAUUGAACGUUUGUUUCAACUGUAAGAAGCUACAUUCUAAAGGGAAUACCUUUUCCUUGACUGAUGAUUUCUCAGUUUACUGAGGACGUUUUAAACCGUUUAUUUGUUCUCCUACUUCCAGGGUGUAAGUGUUAAUGCUCAAGUGUUAAAAGGAAUAGUGAAAAUUCUGUCAUCAUUUGCUGAUCCCCAUUUUAUUCUAAACUAUUAUGCUGAUAUUUUUUCCAUGAAACACAAAAGGAAAACAUUUGAACAACCUUCAUGCUUGCUCUUUUACGUACAUUGACAGUUCAUAUUGAUGAUUAUCAAGCUCCAAAAACAAACCAUAAGAUUACAAAAUUGGUCCUAUCAACUUGCUCUACAUUAGAAGACUUCUGAAGCCAUAUAAUAACUUUUUGCAGGAUAAUACUAUUAUUUCAAAGGGAUGGUUUACCAAAAAGGAAAAUCAUUCCAAACCUGUAUGACUUUCUGUCUUCUGCAGAACACAACAGAAGAUUUUGUCCAUACAUUGAAAGCCAGUGGGGUCCAAGAAAUUAUAUUUUUCUUUCAGUAUUAACUUUUGUGUUCCAAAGAGAAAGGAAAUUCAUCCAGGUUUGAAAUGACAAGAGGGUCAGUGGAUGAUCCCCUUAAUCAUUAUUUACAGAAAAUUUCCUUCACCAAAAAAUUGAAUUAUUCAUGGUGUUCCAUGAAAAAAAAAAGAACAGUAUGGAUGUCGUAACAACGUUGAGUGAAAUGAGUCGAGGGUGAGCAAAUCAUGACAUAAAGUUUAUUGUUUGACUUAUUACAAAAACUGGCCAUUUCUUUUGAGUUUGGACUGUUUCAUUUUGCAUUCUUUCCAGAGGUUACAGUAUUCCUGUAUUUUUCCAUUCUUCUUCACAUCUUCCUUAAUUCCAAAGUUCUGCCAAAUUUCUCUGCACUCGAUCACUCUCGGUUGAAAGCAUUAAAAAAUAGUCAAAUGCUCCUGAACACUCGCAAGUAUGUGACUGUUUCUCGAUGACAUUCUCUUUAUGUACUACAAGUGCACUUUUCAGGUCUCAUGUAUGGCAGACCUUUAUGGCAUCUGCAGAAGCUGUAGUUGGAGGGGUUUUCAUCUCAUUUCCCAUUUCAUUUCAUUGUAUUUCAGUAGUCAGCAGUCCCUUUGUUAGUGUAAGCAAAAAUAUGAUGCGGACCGUAACAGCGACAUCUCUAGUGGGACUUUUAUACACAUUUUAUUGUACAUCAAUGUACCCCUGUAAAAUUAUUAUUUUUUUUUUUUACCUUAUCUUUCUGUGUUGACUUUGACAGUGGUGUGGCUUGCUGCACUCAUGGUUACUGUGUUCGUGCUCUAUGUUAGAGUGGAUUCUGAGCACAUUUGUAGUGCUACACUGUAUGAAGCAACAUCAGGUCAUACCGCUGAUAAUCAACAGCAUAUACUUAACUAGGCUCAAAAAUCUGUAUGACUUAUAUGCUAAGGUGUUGACUAAUGCAUGUACACCAAAGCAGUGUUAAACUUUUGAACGUUUCAAAUGUAAACGCUUCUUUUGGAAAAUGUUUGAUUUGAAAUGUUCCAUUUCUUCUGAACCAGAUAUUUUCUAUCACCAUUGGUGGUAUAGAAUUGUGUGUAAGCUGAAUUUUCUCUCACAGCACACAGACUGUGUUACUACAUUCAUAAUCCAGUUUUUAAAUCUGUAAAGUGUAUAUCGUUCACUAUGCACUACUCGGUUCCAUAAAUAAGUUAGAGAUUUAUGCAAAAAAGAAUCAGUUGAGAAGUAUCUAAUAGCAGAAUGAGUUAAACACUUUUAGAAGAGUAAUGGCAAACCUGCAUUUAACCAUUAAAUUCUAAAAUGAAUAAUGAAUGUAAAGAGAUUGGCCUUGUGAAAUGCACUUUAGGUUUUGUUAGCAAGUGACUGGGAUGCCCAGAUGAAACAUUUGUACAAUGCAGAUACAUUUGUGUAAAUAUGCUGCUUUGCUUGUUCAAUAAAAAGCUAAAUUUAGAAAA